CUCUAAACUAAUUAUAAGAAAUAGACGGUAAAAAAUGGAUCCCAAAAUCGUUUUAAUUUUCUUGGCUCUCGUGACACUUUCCACCACGACCAUGGCCUACGAUGAAGUAAGGUGCGAUGCUCCUCCAAGCGUGCCAGGACGAUGCAGGGCCUUGUUUCGCAAGUGGGUCUUUAAAGGAAAAAUAUGUCAGAGAUUGUUAUAUGGCGGGUGUGAUGCCACAGCCAACUUAUUUGAAUCAAGAGAAGAAUGCGUAGCAGCUUGCAAAAAGCCAAAAAAUGUUAAACCAAAAGUCAUUAAUCAAAAUAAAAAUGUAACAUAAAGUCUUGUAGGACAUUAAAA